AAUAAUCAGAAAAGAACACAAACAGACACUGAGGCGUCCUUUUCUUUGGAGUCUCGCGCAGAUUCUCCCAUGGAUCGUCUUCUCUCGCCGUCGGUUCCGGUGGUUCCGCCGUCGCCGGACAUGGUGGAUUCUGUUCGAUCCGUGGAGAGUAUCUUGAACCACAGAUUCACGGACAAGCGGCUUCUCGAGCAGGCGCUCACUCACUCGUCGUGUAUGGACUCUCCGUCGUACGAGCGGCUUGAGUUCGUCGGCGACAUAUCUCUGGGUUUGGCCUUCACAAACUACUUGUACUUGGCCUACCCUAAUCUCGAUCAAGGCCAAUUGUCUGAGCUUCGAUCUGUGAACGUCAGUACGGAGAAGCUCGCGCGUGUCGCUGUCAAGCACGGGCUCUACCGCUUUCUUCGGCGCGUCAACGUUCCUUCUAUGGACGAGAAGGUGAAAGAGUUCUCUGACUCGAUCGCGGAAGAAGAUGAAACCUGUCCAGUUUCUUACGGUGGAUCGGUUAAAGCGCCGAAAGUGCUUGCCGAUCUCGUAGAAUCUGUUGCCGCUGCUGUUUACAUCGAUGUGAAUUUCGAUCUACAGAGACUGUGGGUGAUCUUCCGGGGUUUACUAGAGCCGACAGCGACACUAGAAGACCUCCAGAGGCACCCCCAUCCCGUGACAAAGCUGUUUAAUUUGUGUCAGAAACACGGAAAGCGGGUCGAGAUCAAGUAUCUGGAAAACGACACAGGCAGUAUCGCAGGUGUAUAUCUAGACGGCGAAUGCAUUGCCUCGGAGUUUGCAGAGCAGAAUGAGAUCUCGAAGCUGAAUGCCGCUAAGGCGGCGUUAAGUAGGUUGUCGGAGUUUUUGACCGUCGAUACGGAGAUCAUCGACGAUGGCCUCGAGAUAGAAUGUGCCAAGAAGAAGUUGCACGAGCGUUGCAUCAAGAAGAAGUGGGCCAAACCUAUUUACAGUGUCGAGAGAGAAGAAGGGAGAUCGCACGAGAAGAAAUUCGUCUGUUCGGUUAAGAUACCGACGCAGGAAGGAGUGCUGUACAUAGAGGGAGACGAAAGAUGCCGAAUACGAGACGCGGAAAACUCGGCCGCCUCUUUCAUGAUCCAAUCUCUCAAACUUCGCAACGACCUGUUGUGACAUUUCCUAAAAUAGUUCGUUUCGAUCUUGAGUUUGUGAUCUAAACAGUGUUUUUCGUUGGUUAAAAUUUGUAGUGUUUUUGCAAUGAGGUCUGCCUCAGAUUUGUAAAGAAAGAAUGUGUUUUCCUCUGUAAUAAUAUAAUCGUAUUUUGAUCUAA